GUACAACAUUGCUAAAAAUCAAAGCCAAAACAACUGAUGACCCUUUGGGUGUGAUGAGGUCAUGGAAUGACACGGUCCACUUUUGUUCGUGGCAUGGCGUUACUUGUGGUCGUAGGGAUGAAAGAGUGAUGGCAUUAGACCUGCAAUCCUCCAAGCUUUCAGGUACUAUCUCUCCCUUUAUAGGAAAUUUAAGCUUUUUGAGAGUUCUGCAGCUGCAAAAUAACAGUUUCGAAGGCAUAAUCCCGCCUGAAAUUGGUCGUUUGCAUAGGCUACAGACUCUCUGGCUAUAUAAUAAUUAUAUCGGAGGGGAAAUUCCGUCGAAUAUAUCAGGAUGCUCUAGCCUUGUAAAGCUAGACUUGUUCAAUAACAAGUUGGUGGGAGAAAUCCCGCAUGAGCUUGGAUUCUUGUCACAUUUGCAAUUUCUUUACUUAUCACAAAACCACCUAAGAGGCACUAUCCCUUCAUCCCUUGGGAACUUAUCCUCCCUAACUGUGCUAAACUUUGCCAGAAACAACUUGCAUGGAAGCAUUCCUCUUAGCCUAGGCAACCUUAAAAAAUUAAUCAAAUUGUCAUUAGUCGAAAAUAAGUUGUCCGGAAAGGUUCCACCCUCAAUUUUUAACCUCUCAUUAAUGGAAGUUCUAGAUUUAGGAGUCAAUAAUUUGGAAGGGAACCUUCCUUCUGAUUUAGGAAACACUCUUCCGUAUCUUCAACAAUUCUCAGUAGCAAUGAACCAGUUUACUGGAUACAUCCCAUCUUCGAUAUCCAAUUCCUCUUAUCUAGAAUCUCUCAUAUUAUCAUCGAAUAAUUUUCAGGGACAAGUUCCUUCCCUUCAUAAGUUAGAAAAGCUAAAAGCCCUUAACCUUAACAAUAACUAUCUUGGGAAGGGUCAAGCUUCUGAUUUGAACUUUGUUUCUUCCUUGGCCAAUGCCACCAUGCUACAACGGUUUGAGAUAAGUCUAAAUAAUUUCGGAGGAAUUAUCCCUAGAACUAUCUGCAAUUUCUCCAUGCUUACAGUACUGACAUUUUACUUUAAUGAUAUAACUGGAGAGGUUCCAACAUGUAUAGAAAACUUGACUAAAUUACAAAUACUUGGAGUUCAUGCCAAUUUACUCUCUGGGGUUAUACCCCAAGGUAUAGGGAAGAUUGAAGGACUCCAUGAGUUACGUUUAAAUGAUAACCAAUUCUCAGGGGUCAUACCACCCUCAAUUGGAAAUUUAACUAUGAUGACUCUUUUUGACCUUCAUAAUAAUAGUCUUGAAGGCGAAAUACCCUCAGUUCUUGGAAAUUGUGGAUCACUGCUAGGAUUAGAUCUUUCCCAUAAUAAUCUAAGUGGGAGAAUUCCCUCACAACUUUUUAGUCUCUCCACCUUGUCUAUGCUACUUGAUCUAUCUAGCAACCGCCUAGUUGGGUCUCUCCCGGAGGAAGUUGAGCAAUUGAAUAAUCUUGAGGUGCUUAAUGUUUCUAGAAACAUGCUCUCAGGUGAGAUACCAAGCUCCCUUAGUAGCUGCAUCGCGUUAGACAUGCUAGGCAUGGAGGGAAACUAUUUUCAAGGUGCUAUCCCAAAUGCAUUGGUGACAUUAAAGGGUCUUCGUGUUUUGGAUUUGUCACGAAAUAAAUUAUCAGGCAAAAUUCCAAAUUUUCUUAAAAGUUUGCAGCUGCAAGUACUUAAUCUAUCAUACAAUAACCUUGAGGGUGCAGUACCUAGUGAUGGAGUCUUCAGCAAUGUAACAGCCUUUUCGGUACAUGGAAACAAUAGGCUCUGUGGAGGUAUACCUCAAUUAAAGCUGCCCCACUGCAAUUUCAAUAAUACCCAGAAAAGAAGACCGUGGAGGAAAUUAACGGUGAUUAUUCUUUCUACAAUUUCCGGAGUUACUGCACUGGUGGCAUUAUAUGUGUUAUACAUCUUCCGGCACAAAAGGGGAACUAAGACGACCAAAAUUUCUAGUGAUUUGGAAAACCUUCCAAAUUUGUCUUACCAAACCCUUCUUAAAGCCACAAAUAGGUUCUCUGAGGAAAAUUUGAUUGGCAGUGGUACAUUUGGGGUUGUGUAUAAGGGACAUUUCGAUGAGAAUAUAUCAACAGCUGCAAUCAAGGUAUUCAAACUCGAGCAUCAUGGUGGUUGCAAGAGUUUCAUGGCAGAAUGUGAAGUCCUUCGAAACAUCAGACAUCGGAAUCUUGUGAAGGUGAUAUCAGCUUGUUCAAGUGUUGAUUAUCAAGGAAAUGAUUUUAAGGCUUUAGUUUACGCGUACAUGGUGAAUGGGAGUUUAGAUGAUUGGUUGCAUCCAUCUAGAACAAUAAGUGGGCUUCAAGAUGCACCGAGGACCUUGAAUUUCCGCCACAGACUUGAUAUUGCUGUUGAUGUUGCAUUUGCUUUAGAGUAUCUUCAUCAUAGUUGUGGGGCAUCUAUAGUUCAUUGUGACCUCAAACCAAGCAACGUUCUCCUUGAUAAUGAGAUGGUUGCACAUCUUGGUGACUUUGGUUUGGCUAAAUUUCUUUCAGAAGAUGUUAGUAGCUCUGCAAAUCAGUCCAACUCUAUUGGUUUCAGGGGAACUAUUGGCUAUGCUCCUCCAGAAUAUGGUUUGGGAAAUGAGGCAUCUACUUAUGGCGAUGUGUAUAGUUUUGGGAUUCUGUUACUGGAACUAUUCACUGGAAAGAGGCCUACUAAUGAAAUGUUUAGAGGGGGUAUGAACCUCCAUAACUUUGUGAAAGCAGCUCUUCCUGAAGGGGUGACCGAAAUUUUAGAUAAUCCUGUUCUUUUAGACAUAGUUGGAGAAGAGACAGGUAGCAGGGCAAUGUUGGAGUCUAUUGUGUUAAUUCUUGGCAUAGCAGUUUCUUGCUCUGCGGAGCUUCCACAUGAUAGAUUGUCCAUGAGUGAUGUUUCUGCUAAGCUAUCAUCUAUUAAAAACAAGCUGAUUGGAACUCGUCGUCAACAAAGGCGAAGAAUCCUUGCAGGUGGACGCGGUGAUUGAUGUUCUGCAAAGCUGCUUAGCUCUUUUGAUCAGUAAGCAGUGUUCUAGUGAUCAUGAAGGUUGUGAGGAUCCCUUGUGCCUUUAUUAUAUACGAAGUAUCCCUUAAAAGCUUGGAUUUGUUACUGCUGAUUGAUUUCAGAAACGUAUUAAUUGUAUUAUUAUAUAACUGUAUGUAAUUUCUUGUGUGUAUGACUAUUAUUGGUUUUGCAAAGACUCGAGAGUCAGCAAGAUCAGGUUUAAUGAAAUGGUCUAGAGGUUGCCAUUUCUGUUUCUUUUUAUUUAGCAUCAAAUUUACAAUUAUCCUAAUACAGCAUCUAAUCGUAUAAGUUGAGAA